AUGCCGUCGAAAAUGUACUGGGCUGCGGCCCUGGCUCUGGGAGCCCAGCUCGCCAAUGCGCAGACCUACACCGAGUGCAACCCCACGGAAGAAAACUGCCCUCCUAACCCAGGUCUCGCGACCUACACUCACUUCACCGACUUCACCAGCGGCCCCGAUGCCUUCGAGCGCUGGGACACCGCAGCCGGAUCGGUGACCAGCACCCCAAUGGGCGCCGCCUUCGUGAUCAACGAGCAAGGCGACGCACCGACCAUUGAAACAGACUUUUACAUCUUUUUUGGCUCUGUGGAAGUCAAGUUGCGCGCCGCCAACGGCACGGGCAUCAUCAGCACUACCGUGCUGGAGUCUGACGACCUCGACGAAAUCGACUGGGAACAAGUAAGCACAUUCGACAACCAAAUUCAAACCAACUACUUCGGCAAAGGCAACACCACCUCCUACGACCGCGCCACCACCGUCGCCGUCUCCGCCCCAGAAGAGACCUUCCACACCUACACCGUCAACUGGACCCCGACCCAGAUCGAGUGGAUCCUAGACGGCACGGUGGUGCGCACCCUCGGCUACCACGACGCCCUCGGCGGGCAGAACUACCCGCAGACGCCCAUGCGUAUCCGCAUCGGCAUCUGGGCCGGCGGCGAUCCCAGCAACGCCCCGGGAACCAUCUCCUGGGCCGGCGGCGAGACGGACUACAACGAUGCUCCGUUCACCAUGUAUCUGGAGUCUGUGAAUGUCGUCAAUUAUUACCCUGCGGAGUGGUACGCGUGGGGUGAUAUGACGGGGUCGUAUGGAAGUAUUGAGCCGUUGAAUGGCACGGACGGGGCUGGUGUUCCUGGAGCGGUUUCCAAAGAGCCUGUUGCUCAGGAGUCUGGUUCCGAUGCCCCUGCUUCGGAUAUCCCCAGCCCUACUCCUGGUGCUGAGGAUCCCAGUACUGAAUCUCCCGUGUCUGAGGCUAGCCCUACGCCCACUGAAGCCCCCACAACCGAAGCUCCGGCCCCUGUCCCCGGCUCUGAGACCCCUGGUUCUGAAGCCACACCGGCUCCUAGCUCUGAAGCUCCCACUGAAACUCCCACUCCUGAAUCUCCCAGCUCAGCUCCUCCCGCUGAAACACCCGGCCCGGUUGUGCCCAUCCCCGUCGUGCCUAGUUCAGAAGUUCCCAGCUCAGAAACACACAUCCCCGCCACUCCCUCCUCCGCGAAACCAAGUUCCGCCGCUCCCAGCUCCUCAGGCGCAAACCAAAGCAGUCCAGUUCCCUUCCCCACUUCCACGCAUACUCCGUCCCGUCAUCCUACCCCUACCCAUACCCCUCCGCCGCAUACACCCCAUGCCAGCCCCAGCACCAUCCCCGUGGAAACCCCCCCAGCGAGCUCCACCUCGAGCAAACCUCUAAUUCCUGUUCCUGGAUCGCAGACUCAAAGCGGGACUCCCUCAUCUAGUAGUACAUCUGCUGUUCCUACUAUGGAAGCCGGUGCGGUAGGGUCGUUUGAGAUUUCCAUGGGAGCUGUUGUGGGUGCUUUGUUGAUGGGCAUGGUUCAGAUUUGAUUGCGGAUGGGGGAGAUCAAUUGGGUAAUAGUUUAGGUUAUUGGUGUUUUGGUGUUACAUUGGAGAUUGAUACUGAUUGAUAAUGGUAUCGGUAUUGGUGUU